AUGUAUGAAAAAAUCUUCAGUGGAGAUCACCUGAAAGAACAUCAAGGUAUAAGUACUGGUGACAAGAGUAUAAGUGAAAGUAUCCCAAGAAGUCACAAGAAGAUACACACUGUGGAGAAACCUUAUAGAUGUACAGCGUAUGGUAGAGGAUUUGCACGUAAAGGUAACUUAAAAAGUCAUGAGAAAAUACACACUAGUGAGAAGCCGUACAGUUGUGCAGUUUGUGGCAAAGGAUUUUUGAGUAAGAAAGGUCUAAACAUUCACGAGAAGGUACAUACUGAGGAAAAGCCAUUCAGUUGUGCAGUUUGUGGCAAUGGAUUUUUGAGUAAAAAUGGUCUAAACAUUCACGAGAAG